AUGAAGGGUUCGGUGUUGAGUGAAGACAAGAAUCUAAUUAAUGUGGUAAUCGAAUCGGAUCCUCCUGGCACUCCUUGGAAUUUAAUGGGAGUUUAUGGCCCGCCCACUUUAGCGGGGAAAGAAGCCUUCUGGAACAGAAUUGGUGAUGUAAUUAUGAACAAUGUGAAUCCUUCUAUGAUUAUCGGUGAUCUUAAUGGUACCCUUGCGGACCAUGAGAAUCUUCACUACUCAAACUGGAGGAAUCCAGCCCGUUACUCGUUUGAUUUGAGACGUAUGGUUGCUAGAACAGGCAUUGUAUAUUUGGGGUCACAAGGAGGAAAGUUCACUUGGUUUCAGAAAUCCAAAGUCAUAGGGGGAGGGUGCGGUUUAAAAAGAGCUCGUCUUGACAGAGCUUUGGCAUCGAUAGAGUGGAGAAUGCCGUACCCGAGUGGUAUCACUCAUGCACUUAGUGCAGCUACUUCAGACCAUAGACCGAUUCUUCUCGACACGAAUGGGGGAGCCAACUGCAGUAAAUCUCAAUUCAAGUAUGAACUAAUGUGGGGAAGAGAUCCUAAAUGCCACUGGGUAGUCAAGAAUGCUUGGAAGGAGAAGCUUCAUCAACAUCCAAUGAUUAAUUUCUACCGAAAGCUUAAGAAGACAAAGGAACAUUUAGCGAGGUGGAACAAAGUCCAUUUCAAACAAAUCAGACACCAAGUAAAUGAGGCUAGAUCAUCACUCCAACAACUCAAAGGUCUGGACAACGUAAAUGGGGAGGACCUAACAAAAGCUAGACAUAGUUUGAACGAAGCCCUCGCCAAGGAAGAGAUUUUUUGGAGACGAAAAUCUAGAGUCAAGUGGCUGCAACAGGGAGAUAGCUGCACAAAAUUCUUCAUGGCUACCACUGUCAUCCGACGGAGGAGAAAUUACAUCCAACAGGUUUGGUUGGAAGAUGGAGGGUGGGAGAGAAACCUAAAUAACAUCGCAAAUUUGUUUGUUGAAAGAUUCAGCAACACAUACAUUGACAAAAAAUCAGUUGACCUUCCAUCACUAAAUUUCCUAGAGGAUUGUGGUAUUUCGACUCAAGUUAAUGAGCUUCUGAAAGCUUCCCAACCGACUUGGAAAUUGAGAGGUGCAUCCGAUCUAUGGGACAAGAAAGAGCCCCUAGACCCGACAGAAUGUCCACGGGGUUCUAUAUACAGCAUUGGGCAACGGUAA